CGCGUUCCGGUUGAGCAGAUCCUCUUGGGUCGGUGUGCCAGCAAACAGCUAUCCUCUCCAGUUACCCUUCCGAUCACAGCGCUGUCAGGAUGGCUAAGCUUAUGCUAAUACUUUCGAUUCUGUACGUGCUGGGCGAGACGCUGGGGCAACCUAUAACAUUUGACUCAACGAACAUAAUAUGGACGAUAUUUAAUGGCCGGAAACAGGUGGCUGCGUUCCUGCCCGGAGAUCCGUUCCGGGGACCCCGGAGGUAUGGCACCAUCCCCUGGAAGUACAGCGCCAAGAUACCUUACGGGAUUUCCUACCACUACGCCCGUAACACGCUCGUCUUCUCAGACUUGAAUCGGCAGAGUAUUUACUUCAUCGAUACAGCCUCUGGCUUCUGGAACGUUACCAAAUUCCAUGCAGGAUUCGGAUGGGUUGAACACACUGCGAUGGACUGGGUGUCGGAUAACCUGUACUGGGUGGAUGGAUACUAUGAGUGGGUAGCCAUGAAAUCCUUGGAUUCUACUGACGUCCAUGAGUACAAGAUCAUCGCCGACGUCAACGUUGUUUCCCCUCGUGGCAUCGUUGUGGAUCCUAACAUGGGAUAUGUGUAUUGGACGGACAUUUCGGACCCACCAAGGAUCGUUCGCUCCGAGCUGGACGGCAGCAGGCAAGUCGUGCUGGCUGCUCAAGGACUCAUCAAUCCGUUUGACAUCACGCUCAAACCGGACAACGGUCAGAUAUUUUGGGUUGACAGAUCACGUGAUACAGUAGAAACGGUGAUGUAUGACGGCACUGGGAGAAACGUCAUAUUUACUUCACAUCAAGGACAGCCGGUCGGCCUCUCGUAUUAUAAGGACCACUUGUUCCUUGCCGACACGACCUUUGACGAUGUGGUUGUCCUGGACAUGGUCAAUGGUCUGGGUAAAACCUUCUUCAAACUGAACCAAAGGACCCUGGGAAUCGCCCGUGUGCUGACGGUCUGGGCCGAGGAGAACCAGCCAGACAAGCACAACAAACGAGGUGCGUGUUCUCGUAACGGCUGUGACCAAGACUGUGUUCUGACCCCCAACAGGAGCCCCAAGUGUCUGUGUCGUGAGAACUACAUGCUUCAGAACGACGGACGAGCCUGCAAACAAAUAACGAAGAUCCCGCAUCACGCCUUAGUUCUGACGAAUGGUACCGACAUCUGUGCCUACCACCUGACGGCUCCCCAGGGUGGGGACGUCCCCGACACCCUGGAGUGUUUCAAGGAGGGUAGAUCCGACGACGACAUCCGUAGUCUGGCCAUCGACAGCCGUAACAUGAAAAUCUACUAUACGUCCAAACAGAGAUCCGAGAUUCGAUCCAUGAACAUGGAUGGCAGCGGGGCCAAUACGGUCGUGUCCGGAGUCAAGAGUGUAGGAGGCCUGACGUUUGACUAUGUUAAAAAUGAGUUGUACUGGACUGAUACCAUUGCCAAUCAGAUUAAGAGGAUAACACAAAGCGGUGCCGUGGAGAACGUCCAUUUAGAUACCAAUCUGGGCGACCUGACCAUUGAUCCUUACCACAGGCAUCUGUUUUAUAUCAAAGCCGGUUCAGCAAAUGCCAUAGCCAUGUAUGAUCUUGACGAAAAGAAGAAAACACCGUUGACGAACGCCCAUGCCGACAAACCACAACGAAUCACGUACGAUGAUAAGAAAAAGAAAGUUUAUUGGACGGACUUGGGCAAGAUCCAGGCUGUGACGUAUGAAGGGAAUGUUGAACCUGCCGUGGGAACGCUGAACGUCAAUAACAGGGCUAUCGUGUCUUACGGGAAAUUUUUGAUGUGGUCUACAGCCCAGUCUAACGGCACAAGUCUGAUUCACAUGUACAAGCCUCCAGAUAAGACGACCUACAAGAGGCUACAGGUCAGCUUCCCGGGCCAGAUCACCGACUUCGCCAUCUUUGACAAAUUGAGACAUGCCCCCGACAGAGACGGGUGUUUUGUGAAGAAUGGCGGGUGUCAGCACGUUUGCAUACCUGGAGUCAGGGACAGCAAAUGCGUUUGUAACCUUGGAUACACACUGAAUAAAGAUGGCAAGACCUGCAACUCGAACUUGGUGUCAGAUAACUUCACUUUCGCGUCGGACCCGAUGAGCAGGCGGGUUGUUCAGGUUAACCUGAACAACGGUAACAUCGCGGGCACUGCCAUUGGUGAAGGCACCAUGGUAUCCAACGUGGUGGUCGUGGGACAGACAGCUUACUGGGCGGAUCAGAACAGGAGGGUCAUAAAGAAAUCCAGUCUGGAUGGCAGUGGCGCUAAGUCUCUUCACAACGCAGCUAAAUUCGUGAUUCAGCGUAUAGCCGUUGACCCUGCUACGGAGAACAUUUUCUACACGGCUACAGACGGCAACAAGGGAGUGGUCGGUGUGGUUAAUAUGGAAGGAACUCGAUAUAGGACGCUCUUCGAUAACGUUAAAUAUGUCAGGGACAUUAAAAUCCACAGUGGACUUGGCUUGAUAUUCUGGGUUGAGCGGAAGGACAACCCUGGCAUCGAGCGUGCCACCAUGCACGGUCAGAAUAGGAUGUUGAUUUAUAACGCCGCUAGCAACAGCCUUAUCUUCGGUAUAGAGAUCGAUUACGAAGGUAACCAGUUGUACUGGUGUAAUAAGCGAGACGGCCUAAUCAGCCGGUCAGACUUCUUCGGUGGAGAUAUCGUGGAAGUUUUGAGGGACAAACAGGCUUCCGUCACGGACAUUGCCAUAUUUGGACAGUACCUCUUUUACACUGGAACCAAUUCAAAUGGAAUUAUGCGUGUUGACAAGAAAUAUGGGACCAAUCCUUACCGUUUGGCGGAGACGCAUCUGUUUUCUCAACUGCAUGACCUUUACGUCUUCAGUACGACAUUCCCCGCUCCCAGCAAUGCCAAAUGCAAGGAAAGGAACGCUGGCUGCUCUUCAUUCUGUCUACCCACCAAUGACACCCGGGUGUACGUGUGUGAGUGUUCUAACUGGGACACGCUGUCAGAGGACCUGAAGACUUGUGCAGGGGAUAAACACCCUGACCUAUUACCAAAGCCCCCUGGAGGUUCCGGUACGACCACAGUGAACCCGUUCAUUCCCACCAAGCCCAUUACCACCAAGCCCAUCCCUAGCAGCUCAGGAACCACAAACAACAUCAACGUGUCUACAAACGAUCGCUUGGCGUCGUCUAAGGAGGAUAGCGGUCCAAACGCAGCGGCCAUUGCCGUGCCGAUCGUUCUGGUGGUCGUGAUUGCUGUUGGUGUCAUCGCUGCCGUACUCUUGUACAGACGACGACAAUCGAAGAGAAGCCCUCUAGUGUCGGAGCCACGCGGAAGUGAGAAUCCUAGCUACUUCAAACGGUUCCUCAAAUAUCGAGACGGUGAAAACCUAGAGCCUAAAAAAAGGAGGAAAGCCUCAAAAGCCUUUCAGUGUGAAACCCGUCGUAUUAUGCAGUGAUAUGAUUUUUAAUAGUAUUUGUAUAAAUUAACCUGAGAGUUUAAGUGCAGAUAUCUGUGCAGCUGAAUUUACUUUGGCACCUAUUACAAAGUCAGUCGUUGGCCUCGAUUCCGGGUCCCGUUCUGCAAAGCGGUUGCAACGUUGCCACCAGCGCAUUUAUAAAGGUGACGAAUCUUUUCACUCUAUGGAAAUUGCGCUAGGUGCAGUUUGCGACUGCCUCGUACAACGUGCUCAGUUGUCUUUCUCACAGAUUAGCAAAAGUUAUCAUGUAACUAUUUUUGCUUACUGAUUAUUUGUCAACUUUUGUCAUUAGAUUAUAAAAUGUUGUCCAUUUACUGGAUUCACUGGCCGUCUGAUCUUUUGUAAACUUUUGACUCAUUAGAUUGUUUCUGGUAUUGCCAAACGUUAUCAUGUAACUGUAUUUGUUUUGGCCAGGCAUGUAUCAUUUGUUAACUUUUAUCUAAAAUAAAUCUCUUAGAAAUAAGUCAUUAGAUUGUCUCCGAGAUUGUCAAGUAUUGUCAUUUAACGGCAUCAUUUUGGUAGUUACUAAGAAUCAUUUCUAGCAACAGUCUCGCAGAACUGUCUUGGAAACGAUCAAACACAGUAGGCCUAAUACCAAUAUCCACAUCUGACAUGUCUUACAGAUUAGUUUCAACAUUUGACUCACAUUUGACUGUUUCAAAGAUUGUCAAACGUCGUUAGGUUAUACUGCACUUGAACUGUCAGAGAUCGUCGAGAAAAACAUAAUGCAUAACCCACUGCACCUUUUGUCGUAUCUUUGUGGAUUGUUGCUGUGGCCUUUUCUUUUCUGUGUUGUUGUUGUUGUUGUUGUUUUAACCGGGCCUCACUCUCACGAAGUAGCCGGAUCUGUCAACCAGUGGAAUCUCUCCUCUUUUGUGAUGUCACACUUGUUCGUUGUUUUAAACGUGAUGUCAUGAUCACUGGACUUACUAGAAUCUCCAACACAAAUGCUACUAAUUAUCAUUUUCGCAGACAGCGUAAGUUUGCUGCAAGUUUCGAUGUGCUUUUUCUGGGAAAUAUGACCGCUGGGGCUGCCUUGGAGUGAGAUGAUACAUGGGUACUAGUUUAUGCAUAUGUUUAUUUUUAUACGUAUAUACAGCUGAUGAAUUUAAAAAAUGCAAACCAUAAGAAUACGCCUUGAUAUAAAUAUAAUAUGUAAAUACGUGGUGUUUGGUGAAGAAAAAAUGACCUAGAUUUAUAUGAUGUCUGAGACUGUAAUUACGUGUUAAUUUACCCGAUCAGAUCUAAAGAAUAUGUAAUAUGAAUUAUGUACUUCAUGUAAUUAGUAUCUGAGAAUUUUGAUUUGUAUAUAUGUUUAAAAAAGGA